AUGCCCGGUCCUCUUGGUUUCAUCACUUCUGGCUAUUUCUUCGGCUUGUUCGUUAUGGCUCUCGUUCUAAAUCGGAUUCACAACAUCGUCGUGCCUCCUCGCAACCCGCUGGCUGUGCGGCUCCACGCUGUCCAUCAUUAUCGCGGUCACGGUCGUGGCCGUGGCCGCUGGCCCUUCAAUAGGGCUGUUCUUGGCCUCUUCUUCCCAGUUGAUCUGUCCUCCACGUCUUCCAGGACGCUAUUCCGUAUCCCGUCCAUCUAUCUCCUUCUCAAAUCCCUCUUCGUCUGGUUUGUGUUGCUCCUGCAAGCAUCGCAGCUCUAUCCGUCAUGGCAGUGGGGGCCAGUACAGGCGGUUGGCAAGUGGGUAGCGCAGAAGGAGAUGGAGGAUAUAUGUUGGCAUACGUUCACAUCUACUUGCAUCGCGCUCGCCAUUGGUGCUCUCACAAGUGGGCUGGAAGGGCUGCAUCUUAACCACAAUGCGCCAUUCAACCUGUUUUCGUUCGCGUUCCAACUGCAUAUCUAUGCCUCGUCAUCCACCCACACCGACAAAGUGCAAGGCGCUCCGUCGAGACCGAACAAACAUGUCAUCAUAACUAUGUUGAUCCCACUUCUGCAGCUUACACUGCUCCACUGUCUCGAAGUGAAGAAGAGGUGGGGCCGCUUGCGGCUCAUCCCUACAUCAAUCUGCUCACUUCUCAAUCUUGUCCACUUCCACUCUGUCGUCUGGACCUCACCUUCGUCCUAUCCUCUCACCAACUUCUUCCCCUGCGUAGUCGAGUCCAUGCUCUGCGUGACCGUUAUCUUUUCUGCCUCUCUCAAUGUCCUCACUCAGUUGAUUCUCGAAGGCGCGAUCACGAGGCCGCUCUUUGGCCACGCCGAGACGCUGAUGCCAAAGCUAGACGAGGACUUUGGGGUUGCGCUCAUCCGACUAGGAACGGCGAGCUUAGAGGCGACCAGCGCGGCAGGGAUGGGCAACGAAGUCGGUGGCGUGACCAGCGCGGAUGGCACGGGUCUCGUCCGCUUCACCUCUGACGACCGCGGCGUUGUCGAGAUCGAUCGUUCCGGUGUAGUCUCCCUCAUACCUGCUUACGAUCGGCAAGGGCAGCAGAGGAUCCGCAAGCGAGGAUUUGCGAACGAGAUCACUCAUGUCAAGGCGCAGGCGCAGCGAGCCGACCUCUGGGCGGACACCAUGGUGAACGCAAGCUGGUUCAAGGCAUUCGCCAUGUUCUUGAUUACUGCAUUCAAAACGACGCGGCGCCUGACGAACAGGCUCUACGCAUACGUCCGGACUAAGCUGAACCCUGGGGCAGUUGCAUAUGUUGAACGGCCUGCUGCACCUCGCGAGCCGAUCUAUGCGGUCCCUGACCAUAUAGAUGACGACGAACUCGAGGAUGCAGAGCUGUACCGGCGCUUUCUGCGCGGAGAGCCUCUCAGCGACGAUGAUGAGGAGUACGAGGACCCUAUGCAAGCCGACAAUGUGCCGUCCACUCCAUCAGAAGACGAGGAUGACGGCGAGGACGAGGAGACUGUACGUCUGUAUGCAGACCUCUCGCAGGAUGUCGCGACGUCGACGUCGGCGCCGCUACUGCUCGCACACAUGACCUCUGCAUCCACGCUCACGCGGCGUCGAUACAACAGGCUAGUUUCCGAGCGGGGCACAGCCGAAGACGUGGAGGACGAAUGGCAGGCGUUCGUGCGCGAGCAAAGAGGAGUGAAGAGCUCAGUGCGGGAGGAUGGCGCGGCGGAAGCGAGGCAAAACUGUGUCGUCUGCACGGCUGAGCCGAGAGACAUCAUCUGCUGGCCUUGUCGGUGCCUCGCGCUAUGCAACGACUGCAGGGAAAACUUGGCGUCGCGUUCGUCUGCUUCUAAGCAUAGCUGCCCAUGCUGUCGUCGCAGUGUUGAAGGGUACUCCAGGAUAUACAUACCUUGA